AUGACUUCCACGGUGACGCUGCUGAAGAGGAGGACCACCAUGAGGAUGAGCGACUUGGCCGCCGUGGCGUCGCCAACGUCGACGACGGAGUCUUUCCUGCUGGGGGCAAGCAAAGGCGGCGGCAGCACCGGCAGCGACGUGGGGAAGCGGUGCUGCGGGCACAAGCACGAGCUCGUCGGCUAUGAGGCGCUGCCGGACUUCCUCAAGCACAACGAGUUCGUCCUCGACUACUACCGCAGCGAGUGGCCCAUCAAGCAGGCGCUCCUCAGUGUUUUCGCUCUCCACAACGAGACCAUCAACAUCUGGACGCAUUUGAUCGGCUUCUUCGUCUUCCUUGUGCUAACCGUGUGCGCCGCCACGAUGGUUCCGAUGGAAACCGGCGUGGCGACGUCCGAGACAGGCCACCUGACGAACUGCACCAGCAACCCCACGGUGCUGAUGGCCUACUACGGCACCAAUGGAACGGCCGUCGCAAUGCAUGCGGCCCUGCGCCGCAACGUGUCCGUUCCCGUCGAGACGGAGCUCACGGCAGCGGCGGCGCUGUCGUCGGCGGCCACACACCCGGUCACGCGGUGGCCGUUCUACGCCUACCUGUGCGGCGCCAUGUUCUGCCUGCUGAUGAGCAGCGGCUGCCACUUGCUAUCGUGCCACUCGGAGCACGCCUGCUACGUACUGCUCCGCCUCGACUACGCCGGCAUCACGGGCCUCAUCGUCACCUCCUUCUACCCGCUCGUCUACUACACCUUCCUCUGCGACCCCUUCUAUCGCACCCUCUACCUCGCCGCCAUCACCGUCUUCGGCGCCGCCGCCGUCGCCGUCUCCAUGCUGCCGGUCUUCGAGGCGCCCGACCUGCGGUGGGCGCGCGCCGCGCUCUUCGCAUGCAUGGCCGCGUCGGGGCUCGUGCCCAUCGUGCACAAGUUGCUCGUCUUCGGCGCCCGGCCGGAGGCGGUGCUCACCACGGGGUACGAGUUGGCCAUGGGGGCCUUCUACCUUGCGGGCGUCGUGGCGUACGGCGCCAGGGUGCCGGAAAGGUGGCUGCCGGGCAAGUUUGACCUUUUCGGCCACAGCCACCAGUUGUUCCACGCGCUCGUCAUCGCCGGCGCUUACACGCACUACCAGGCCGGCCUUGUUUACUUGAGCUGGAGGGACAUGGACAUGUGCUUGUAAUGAUUUUUAUUUUUUU